AUGUGCGAAGAAAGGACGUUCCGGUUGCUGCCGGUGGUACGGCUUGCGAUGGUGGUUGGAUUGCUGUUAGCGGCCAGCAACAUGAUGGCGAACGAAGUUCGGGCGGACUGUAAUUCAUCGGAUAACUGCACCCGCGCGAUCUACACCUGGGAAGGUGGACGUAUCGUGUGGCCCUGCCCCACGACCAAGCGGCUUAUUACAAGCGCUGGCAAAUAUAUUCCACGUGAUGUGAUCGCCAUGCGUUGCACACGUACGCGUACAUCGACGAUUUGCGCAUUCCCGCGCUACAAGAGCAGCUAUCCGAUCACCCUCAGCAGGGUGCAUGCGACGAAGAAGGGUUGCGAUGUAAAAUUCGAACCGUUCCCUUGCUGGAGCGAACAGGAGGAGGGUAACUGCAAAGCAUUGCAAUCGGUUAUUGAUGUGUACAGCGAUGGCGAUUACGUGUGGGCCCUGGACAGUGGAGUGACACAGUCCCUUCGUUGUCCCGUUCAACGCUGUCCACCCAAGGUGGUCGUUUACUGUGCCAAGACGGGCAAGUUGCUGAAGACGAUCAAUCUGGCCCGGUACGUAACGGAAAAGUCGCGGCUACAGUACUUGCAGGUCGAAUGUACGAAGGGUGGCAAGUGCUACGUGUACAUUAGCGAUCCCGGCAAUAAUGCGAUCAUCGUAUACGAUGUGUACAAUGGGCGCGGCUAUCGGGUGGUACUGCCCAAGGCGGUCCAUUUGGGUUCGCGGUACCGGGAUGUGCUGUACACCUUCCUCUCGAAGCACAAGGAUGGUACGAGACUCUACUUCACGUACCUCAGCGGAAACCGACUGUUCGCCAUCAAGACGGAACACCUGCGCAAGGGUCAUGGCGGAAACAUUAUCGAUAUUGGAGAAAAGCCGCACGUUCCGGUAAUUCUUGGAACGGAUGGUGGCUCGGGAGUGUUCUUCCGUGAGGAAGGUGAAUCGGAGAUCUACUUCUGGAACACGAACUCCUGCUACAAGAAGGCGAACUUUGUGCUGGUAUACAAGAGCCAGUUGGGUCUGUUUGCGACCCACGUGUUCCCCGAUUACAAGCUGAACCGUAUGCUGGUGCUGGAGAACGAUUUCCCUAGCUACGUGAAGGACCAUGCGUCCUGCGGAACGUUGCACCAGAUUUCGAUCCUGGACGGUAGCUGCAAGUGUCACGGUAACUCGUAG